CCCCGGGGACCCGUGCGGACUCAGAUUACACCCGGAUCAGACCCGGAGAACUUCUGGCCCUGGUUCCCAUGGCGACGCAGGCCGUCCUAUCAGAGCGCGUAUCUCUGGCGCAGGACCUGCUGCAGCGAGCGGAGAGCUUGAUUGGUGCAGAGGGACAGGUGAAGCUCUGUAACAAACUGCGCUCAGAGCUCAAGUUCCUCCAACGCAUCCAGAGCCGUGACAUGAAGGGGGCUCACGUGCACAGCUCCAACCUCACGCAGCUCAGUGCAGUGGUACAGACAGCUGUGUCGCUGCAGUCGGUCGUGGCUCUGCUGAGAGUUUACACUUUUACUGAUGAACUCCAGAACAAAAGGAGUCUGACUGUGGACGUGGUGGCAGAUGAUGGUCUGCUGUGGGUUAAGUCCGUGGGGCGUAAAGCUGAGGCGCUGCACGCCGUGUGGCAGGGUCGGGGCCAGUUUGGAGACCGCUCCGUGAUUGGCCAGGCACGAGAGUUCUUAUUGGCCGCCUCGCAGCACCCUCUGCACUACACCCGCCCCCGUAUCCUCUUCGCCUUCUACAAUGGCGUCUCCGGUCCCAUGGCUGAUGAGCUGCAGCGGCUUGGGGUCAGCGUCAGUGGAGAGGUGGUGGGGGUCAGGGGGGCAGGGCCAGAGGAGAAAGAGCCAGGAGAGAAGAAGCAAGGCAAAGAGGAGCCAGGGGAAGAAGACGAGACAGGUGAAGGAGACAGGCAGCAGUGCACUGUGGGAGUCCAUGCUCCUCACUUGAACCUGGACCAGAACCAGGCAGUGGGUCUUACUCCUCCGUCACUGCCCCACCCCUCAGAGCCCCACCCGUCAGACUUGCAGUUCUACCAGGACUGUGACCCUAGCUCUGACUUGGACCAGGACUCGGAUCAGGGCUCGGAUUCUGAUCCUCGUCCUCUAACCUGUCUGGACCGGUCUCAGGUGGUGUUGCGGUUGGCGUUCCCUGCUCCGGCCCUGCCCCCUCCCUGUCCCCGGGUAAACUUGGACGUUUCGACGCUGCUGUCUCUGGUGUCGUCUCUGACUCACGGGGGGUGUGGCCUGGUGUUUCAAGAGGUGGUGCUAACAGACCAGGCGGCGGAUGAGCGGCGGGCGCCGGUGCUGCCGGUGCUGGAGGCGUUUAUGGCGGGGAAGGAGCUGGUGGCGUGUGCUGCGGCGGUCAAAGACUUCAAAGAGAUCCUGUGCACGCUGGGUGGGGCAAAUGAAAAGGAGCGAGCUGAAUGGCUGCUGCGGCGCGUCACUGUGGUACCUGACCAGCCAUCACCACGUACGCUUGCCCUCACACCCAGCGCUGCCGUUUCCCCCCGGUCUGUUGCCAUCUUUGGCACCGGGGACACGCUCCAUGCUGUUACCAUGACCGCAAACAGGAAGUUUGUCAGAGCAGCAGCCAAUCAGGGUGUCCACUUCAGUGUCUUCAUCCACGAACCAAGAGCGCUCACUGAAGGCAAGGAGUGGAGAGCCACGCCUGUCAAAGACUAGAGCGGGACUAGAGCGGGACUAGAGCGGGACUAGAGCGGGACUAGAGCGGGACUAGAGCGGGACUAGAGCGGGACUAGAGCGGGACUAGAGCGGGACUAGAGCGGGACUAGAGCGGGACUAGAGCGGGACUAGAGCGGGACUAGAGCGGGACUAGAGCGGGAUCUGGAUACCACUGAACCUCAUGUUGAACUUUAUGACACAUGAGUGAUGAUCUCCAC